AUGGUGUGCCAAGCUCUGUCUUCUAGCGGUGCCACUUCCUACGGCUCUGCUUCCAAUAACCCGGAGUCCGUGCAGCUCCUCAAGCCAUCGCAGUCAACGCCGUCGCGCCGACUCGGGCAAUGGUACACCAACAUGUUCAUGAUCAAUUUCCUGGAGUUCGCAACCGAGUCGUCGCGUGGUAUCGUGUUGCCUACGCUCUUCUUGUACACGUCGUCUCUGGGCGGCGACCUUGCCUUCAUGGGGUUCAUCAACGCGCUCUUUUCGGUCGGUCGUCUAUUCUCGAGUACCGUGUUUGGCUGGAUGUGCGACCGGUACUCGUUCCGCUCCGUGUACCUCAUUUCGACCUUCAUUUGCCUCGCGGGCAACAUCAUCUACCUGGUUGCCGACCAGCACAUGACCGGCAGCUUGACAGCGCUGGCAUUCAGUCGCUUCAUCGUAGGCUUCGGUGGUGGCAACCGCAGUGUGUGCCGUGCGGACGUCGCUUCCAUCACAACGAUCAACCAGCGCCUGCCGUAUCUGACGAUUCUGGUCGGUGUUGUGUUCUUGGGCUACGCACUGACGCCGGGUCUCGGCAGCCUCGUGGCCGAUACUGAUCUGCUCUUUUGCGGGGUGCAUUUCAACAAGUUCACGUCGCCCGGCAUGAUCCUGAUCUUACUGAAUGUGCUGACGAUCUUUGGCAUCAUGGCAGUCUACGACGACAGUGUAACAGUGCACGACGGCCCGGAGGACGAGGAGUGUGAAGACGACCCGAACAGCAACACGCUCAACAACCCGACGCAGAUGCCGGACCGCAUUGUGAACAUCGGCGUGUGCGUGUUCAUCUUCCUGAACUUCAACGCGCGUGGCAUCCUGUCGGUGUUUGAGACAGUGAAUGUACCGUUGUUCAUCACCGCGACGGACAGUGAUCCCGAAAGCGUGAGCGUCGUGAUGGAGGCGUCGAACUUCCAGUUCUACCUCGGCUUGCUGGGUCUGCUGUCGUACUUCUCGAUCGAGUACUUCCGCCACAGCAUUCGCGAUGAGAACUGGGUACACCUGGGCUUUGGAAUGGUCCUUGCGGGCAACAUUCUGCUGGCCAUGGUACCGGAAAAUCUGACAUUCACGCAGUUGUCGCUUGCCGAGUUCUUGGUCUGGAGUGUGGGCUGCCCUAUCUCAACCACGGUGGUGCUGGCGGCGUUCUCGAAGCUGCUGGGUGGGCGUCCACAGGGCACACUCAUGGGAUUGUUGGGCUCGACUGCGUGUAUCUCACGCAGUGUGCUUCCGCUGCUGCCUGCGGUGGUGUCGACGCUGGAGCCGGUCUUCUGGAUCAACAUUGUGUUGUGCGCGACCAGCAUCGCACUUCUGUGGUGGUACACUGGUCUGGUUCACCGGACGAAGAUGGCGAUGCUGGCGGACGUCGAGAGCGCGUACAGAGUAGUACCGCCUCCGAACGACCCUUGCUCGCCAUUGGGCUCGGCCGACGUCCCAGAGAACGACUGAAGCACUUGGCGUGAUGUAUCCCUCAUAACUCGCCAUGCUCGAUCCACAUCUACCUCGAACUUGAAAAUAUUCAUUCAUAACACUCUUGAUAAUACG